GCUGCCAUGGAAAAUACAGAAGAACCUUAAGGAACAAGUGUUCUGAAGCUGUCCUCAGUAAUGAAGCAGGUGUGAAAGACAACUCCCAUUUGCCAGAUGAAACAAUGACUGCAAAAUCAGCAAUUCUCAUGUUAGUGUGCUUUCUUCAACUAUGCAUUGUGAAUGGGCAAGCAAUAUGUGAGAGGCAAAUGACUGCUGAAUGGAGAAUGGAACCAAAACCUAAUGUAAUAAAAUGGACACUAAGGGAAAACAUCUGCUCAGACUUUUACACCGAAUGCUGGAAUAUGGAUAAAAGUAUUAUUGGGGAAAUCUUGGAAGAACAAAAUCUCAGUAUCCCUCAGAUAUGCCCCUUACAGCUUCAAUUAGGCGAUAGUCUUUUCAUCUCCUCUGAGCCAUCCUUUCAGUCCUAUGGAAUGAAUUUGGUAAAUGUCUCCAAGGAAGAGUUUAUUAAUUGUCCUAAAGCUGAUCUUCUUCAAGAGCAGUUGAUUUUUGUUUGCCAGAUAAGAGGACUGCACCAAGUUGACCCUAACUGGCUUAGUGUUGGAACUCAUUACUUUGCAGAGCUUCGUAAGAAAGGCCCGUUAUUGUGCAACAUGGGCCUUCGUCUGAACAUAACCGUGAAGCAGCAGUUUUGCCAACAGUCUCCAAACGCACCAUUAUGCUCCGGGCAUGGAAAAUGUCUAAGCCAUGUUUGGGAAAAAGCAUAUAAUUGCCAUUGUUUCUCACAGUAUUCUGGAAGAUUCUGCCAGAAGUUUGAUAUGUGCUCCACUAAACCUUGCCACAAUAACGCCUCCUGCACUGAGAAAUCACAGCUUUCUGGAGAUACUUACAAAUGCAUUUGUCCCCCAAAAUUUUCAGGUAAAAAUUGUACAGAAAUAGUUGGACAGUGCCAGCCACAUACGUGUUUCAAUGGUAACUGCAGCAAUGUCACUCCAAACACUUUUCUUUGUGAAUGCGACAAGGGCUUCACAG